UUCUUAACUUUUCUUUCGUCAAAGCAACUCUUCCAACCCUAUUUCUAUCUUCCGAUCUAAGUUUCGAAUAUUAUCCUCCGCUGUUUCUUCAACAUGCUUCAUUAAAUUUAAACCCUCAACACUUUCCUCAUUCCCCUCGUCCCCAGAUCACCAACCCCUGUUUUUAAAUGGGGAAUUGUUCAAAAACCCUGAAGAAAACAAACCCAGAUCAUAACCCUGAUAAACGUUACCCAAAAAUAGACAACUCCCAUAAAGUUGGCCGGAAAACAGAAAACUCAGAUAAAGUUUACCGGAAACCAGAAAAGUCUAUUGAUUACCGUAGAAAAGAUCAUUACGAUACCAGCAACCCCUUACCGUCGCCGUCCCCGGUGCCGUCACCGUCGCCGUUGCCGGUUGUUAGACUGUACGGUUCGCCGAAUACCCCAGCCACUUCCUACAUUCGGUUCGCGCUCCUCCACAAGCCUGUCACUCUACUUUUCGUGCCAUCCGAAACGCCCGAUUUUGGGUUUUCUACGCCAGUGAUUCAGUUCGGAUCUGACGUCAUAUCGGGGUCGCCGGUUACCAUUCUCCGUUAUCUGGAUGCCAAGUUUCCGAAGCCGCUGCUCCUAAGCAACUGGAGCACGUACAAUGAGACGACGCCGGUAGUGGUGACGGCGACGGUGCUGCAGCAUAAGAGUUUGCUGUGGCAUUUGGAGAGGAUGGUGAGGUGGGGGGAGGACUUGGCGGCUCGUGGCGGCCGGUCGAAGGGCGAUCCAGUGAUGGGUAGUGCACGGAUGGAGGUGAAGAAGUAUGGGAAGAGCUAUUCACAGUUGUUGGAGGUGAUGCUUGAACAUGCCCAGAUGGAGGAGAGGAUCGUCUUUCCAAUUUUGGAAAGGGAAGAUCGAGGAUUAUCUAAAUCUGCAAAUGAGGAACAUGCUAGAGAUCUACCCCUCAUGAAUGGCAUCAAAGAAGACAUCAAAACUAUUAUAGUCCUCGAUUCAGGGAGCUCUUCAUGCCAAGAUGCCCUCUUUAGUCUAACCACUCGCCUUAAAUCGCUACAGGAGAACUGCAAAGAGCACUUUGAAGAGGAAGAGAGGGGGAUUCUACCAUUGAUGGAAGGAACAGAAUUGAGUGAAGAGCAACAAGAGAAAGUAUUAGAGCAAUCUUUAGAUGUGAUGCCUUCCACACAUUCCCACCUGCUUAGAUUUUUCAUGGAAGGCCUUCUCCCACAUGAAGCCAUGCUUUAUCUUGACUUGAUCAAUAGAUGCACCCACAAAGACCGAUCCGCUUCCAUCUACCGCUUCUUAGUCGAAGAACAGCAUGGAAAGCACAAAGAUGCUCGACCUACCAUGGGACUGUUGUUAAAGGCCAAAUCGUAAGGUGAAUUGAAGAAAAAAGUGUGUUGGUAGUUAGGAAAUACAGUUAUGGUGGUGGUUUGAUAAGAUGGUUGAUUUGGAUUUGGAUUUGGAUUUGUAUUUGUAUGCAUGCUUUUAAUUCCAUAUUAACAACACCAACCAAGAACCAAGCGCCUGAUGAUGAUGUAAAAAUGGAUGAUUCAUUUCUUGAUGUUGUACCCCUUUUGUAUAUUCUUUUUGGCAUUU